CUCGCACACCAACUCUCGCGAGAGGACACUGCGCCCAUAAAGACUAUGGACGUCGGUGGUAACGGUGGUGGGCUUCCUGUAAACAAUAAACAGAGAGCUAUGCUACCUAACAAAACCAGGGGCGAGUUCACCCGCAACACGAGGAAAGAUUCAGAGGGGCUGUGUGAGUCUCCAGACCUCGAGUUUGAGUAUGCUGAUACAGACAAGUGGGCUGCCGAGUUGUCAGAGCUGUACAGUUAUACUGAAGGACCAGAGUUUACUACCAAUAGGAAGUGCUUUGAGGUCGAAUUCAAAACACAUGUUUCUGAAAAGAAGUGGACAGAGCUGGAUGAUGCUCAGCACAGAGCUCACGCCAUGCGCCUGUUGGACGGUCUGGAGAUGAUUGCGCGGGAGAAGAGGCUGAAGGUUGCCAGAGCCAUUCUUUACAUGGCCCAGGGAACCUUUGCAGAGUGCAGCUCUGAGGCUGAAGUGCAGUACUGGAUGAGGUACAAUAUCUUUCUACUGCUGGAUGUGGGGACCUUCUCUGCUCUGGUGGAGCUGCUCAACAUGGAGAUUGACAACAGUGCUGCCUGCAGUAGUGCUGUCAGGAAACCAGCCAUCUCCCUCGCAGACAGCACAGAUCUCAGAGUGCUGCUCAACAUCAUGUACCUGAUGGUGGAAACGAUACAACAGGACGACCCGGCUGACAAACCUGAAUGGAAAGUCAUCAGGGAAACCUUCAGAGCAGAACUGGGAUCUCCUAUGUUCAACAACGAGCCCAUCUCCGUCAUGCUCUUCGGCAUGGUUACCAAGUUCUGCAGCGGUCACGCCCCUCACUUCCCAAUGAAGAAGGUGUUGCUGCUGUUGUGGAAGAGCGUACUGUUCACACUCGGAGGGUUUGAGCAGCUCCAAAGCAUAAAGGUUCAUAAGCGUGACGAGCUGAGUCUCCCCCCGCUCCCAGAGGACAGCAUUCGAGUCAUUCGCAGCAUGAGGGCUGCUUCUCCUCCUGCGUCUGCGUCCGACCUCAUCGAGCAGCAGCAGAAACGGGCGCGCCGCGAACACAAGGCGUUGAUCAAACAGGACAAUCUCGACGCGUUCAACGAAAAGGAUCCAUACAAGGCCGACGACUCCCGCGAGGAUGAGGACGACAACGAUGACAAUGACAACUCUAUAGAGGUGGAGACUUUCCCUAUGGAGAGGGACGAGGUGAUGCCUCCGCCUAUUCCUCAGCCUCCGUCAGAGAGGGUGUCCUUCCCCAAAGGACUGCCGUGGGCUCCUAAAGUCAGGGAAAAGGACAUUGAAAACUUCUUGGAAUCAAGUAGAAGUAAAUUUAUCGGUUACACACUUGGAAAUGACACAGACACAGUUGUUGGCUUGCCCCGGCCAAUUCACGAGAGCAUAAAGACGUUAAAGCAGCACAAGUACGUCUCCAUCGCUGAGAUACAGAUUUCAAAGGAGGAUGAUUUUCAGAAAACCCCUCUGUCUGGGGGUGAAGAGGAUGUGGAGAUGUCCUCCGUUGAGCUGCUCUAUCAGGGAAUUCUGCCCAGUUUGCCUCAAUACAUGAUCGCUCUGCUGAAGAUCCUGCUCGCAGCAGCUCCGACCUCCAAAGCCAAGACGGACUCCAUCAACAUCCUUGCAGACGUGCUGCCGGAGGAAAUGCCGACCACGGUGUUGCAAAGCAUGAAACUUGGUGUUGAUGUCAAUCGACACAAAGAGAUCAUCGUGAAGGCCAUCUCUGCCAUCCUGCUGCUGCUCCUGAAACACUUCAAACUGAACCACAUCUACCAGUUUGAGUACAUGGCUCAACACCUGGUGUUCGCCAACUGCAUCCCGCUCAUUCUCAAGUUCUUCAACCAGAACAUCAUGUCUUACAUCACAGCUAAAAACAGCAUCUCAGUACUUGACUUUCCAUAUUGUGUGGUGCAUGAGCUCCCGGAGUUAACCGCAGAGAGUUUGGAAGCAGGAGACACCAAUCAGUUUUGCUGGAGGAAUCUGUUCUCCUGUAUUAACCUGCUGAGGAUCCUCAACAAGCUGACCAAGUGGAAGCACUCCAGAACAAUGAUGCUGGUGGUGUUUAAGUCCGCUCCCAUCCUGAAGAGGGCGCUGAAGGUCAAGCAGGCCAUGAUGCAGCUUUACGUCCUCAAGCUGCUCAAAGUGCAGACCAAAUACCUGGGACGUCAGUGGAGGAAGAGCAACAUGAAGACCAUGUCUGCCAUUUAUCAGAAGGUCCGACAUCGGCUCAACGACGACUGGGCCUACGGGAACGAUCUGGACGCUCGUCCCUGGGACUUCCAGGCCGAGGAGUGUGCUCUGCGGGCCAACAUCGAACGCUUCAACAGCCGCCGCUACGACAAGAGCCACAUUAACCCGGACUUCCUGCCUGUGGACAACUGUCUGCAGAGCGUCCUGGGACAACGGGUGGACCUGCCCGAGGACUUCCAAAUGAACUACGACCUUUGGCUGGAGCGGGAGGUCUUCUCCAAACCUAUUUCCUGGGAAGAACUGCUACAGUGAGAAUCAACGACUUUUAUAAUAAAAUUGUUCAAUCAGGAGUUCAGACCAACACCAACGGUGCUCUCAGCAUUAUGUUACAUGUUCUGAUGGAUGGAUUUCAUGCUCUAAAGGUUACAAUCAUCAUGUUUUACAGUUUGAUCGCCGCUCCAAACACGUGACGAACUAUUGAGACACACUAAUGCCACCCAGUUGUAUUUUUUUAAUGAAACCGUGCUGAAUCUUGCUCCACAUGUGGACUGAAACCCAACCCGUACCUUUACAUAUACAGGUGUUUGCUCCGUGUGCCUCUUAACUGGAGGUCAGUGAGUUUUAACUUGAAGCACUACAUGACAGUUUGUUCUUACUUUUAAAGAGAUUUAUUUGGAGUAAAUUUUAUGUAUUAACUGGUAAGACUUUAACAAAGGUGUGUUGAGGCAGCAUAUUUAAGAUGUUAAUAAACAUAUAACAUUCCCUGGUACAUCUCAUGUCUUCAGAAAGAUGAGAGGAACGGGGUUGGGGGGCUUUUUAGUCUGUAUGUACAAAUAAAGAUGUGUAUUACAUUUUAAUAGUUAUCACCUGACGGGGACAAACUUCUGUUCACCUGACUUAACCUUUGUUGUUCUGCUGCAUUUGCAAAUUAUUUAAAUUUUAUUUGCAUUAUUCUGAGUGCUGCCUACACAGCUUUACUCUGGGACCAUGGAGGUGACGAUUCAGACCUGAAUGGACGUGACAAUACAGCCUUGAUUUUCUUUUCUUUUUUUAAACUAAAGUAACUCAUUAGUAUCUUAAUUUGCUUUGUUGUGUGGAAAAAUGGUUGCACAUGUUCACAUAAUGUGGUUGUGUGUGAGAGAAAAGAGAAACAUUAAAGUUUCUGGUUUGGGAUCAGUGGUUUCUGAGCUUCACUCAUCUGACAGCUGUUCUGAACGGGAUCAUUUCCAGUUACAGAACCAGUUUCCUGUCUUUUUCUACUUUCCAGCUUUGUUUUUGUUGUUUUAUUAUAAAGCUUAAGGAAAUGAGAAUACAUGUAAAUUGUGAAACUUAUUUAUCAUGGGUUUGUCUUUGUUUUACAUGGACUUAAAUACUGUAAUAAAAUUAUACUGUCAUUAAUUU